ACAGAUCACAGGUACAUACUUUUAAUUAUUCAAUUUUAUAAUAAUCAAUAUUGUUGUCGUCAGUCAACUGUCAACGUCAUUUCCAUCGUCGACGUCAGUCAGAAUUUAUUGCCGCUUGUCACGUGCUGCUCAAUUGUCCUUUAUUUACGUCUCCGUGGAAAAUUCGAAAUAUCUAUCGAGAUGUUGCCGCAAGAUAAUGCCGUGGCCGGCCACCUGUUGCUGCGUUACUAAUAUUUUCAUUGUCCGUCAUUUUUACCUCAAAUUUCUGAACGAAGUGCAACACUUAACACAGAACACUCCUCUUUUCAAUCUUAAUAGACUCGUCGCCCACGGUUUGACCGUUGCACCUGUUUUCCGAUUUCAUCAAAUCGAAAAUGGCUUGCUUCGGAUUCGACCGUGACGCGCCUGAAGUGCCUGGACAAACCCGUGUCAGGGGGUGUACGGACAUAGUAUGGUUGUGCGCAUUUUUGGUUCUCUGGUGUCUAAUGAUAUUUAUAGCUGUAUUUGCUUUUAUUUACGGCGACCCCCUGCGUUUGAUUAACGGCCAUGACAGUUUUGGUAACACUUGCGGUUCUUCUGGUAAUUCCAAAAUGGGCAAAUUCUCCAACUUGGAUACUACAGAUAAAAAGUUCCUAUUUUAUUUAGAUCCAGUCAACAUUGAACAUAGUAUGCAAAUAUGUGUUAAACAAUGUCCAGAUAGUAAUUUAUUAGAUUUGGAAGAUCUUCAGAAUUUUUAUAAUCGAACUGAAUCAUUACUUUGCAGCUAUAAUUUUGAUUUGAAUAAUUUCACUGCUGAUGAAGCGCUUCACAAGUCUACUAUUAUCUCUACAUCUUUAGGGCCUUGUCCCCCAUUUCCAGUUUACAAAAGCCAUCAUGUGUUGAAUAGAUGUGUUCCUGAAGAAUUAAACAAUCAAACAUUGCCUCUAAUUUAUAAUAUUUACAGUAUGAUGAAUGAUUGGGAUUUCACAGAAGAAAUAUUGAAUGAUUUAUAUAAAACUUGGCCUCAAAUGUUGUAUUUCACAAUAUUAGCUUUUGUAUUGACGUUCAUCAUUAUCUUACUGAUUCAUUUACUUACAAAAAUUGUAGCCUAUAUUUUAUUGAUUGGUGUCAGCUUGAUGGUUCUAGUAAAUGUGUUUUUACUUUGGUGGGAAUAUUUUACUUUGAAAAGGCGUCUAGACAACACUAUUGAGGCACAAACAUUAAGUGCUGAUGCUUGCAAUGAACACACUUUUCUAAUACUUUCUAUUAUUUUUUCAUUAUUUUCGGUUAUUAUACUUUUGUUGGUUUUGGCUAUGCGCAAGCGAUUAAAUUUUUUGUCCACUUUGUUUCACGAGUCCGCUGAUUGUCUGUCUAAACUUCCAGCCUUAUAUUGGCAACCUAUGUGUACAUUCUCUGUGCUGCUUGGCUUGUAUGCAUUUUGGACUGCUGUAAUCCUUCAUUUAGCCACAGCAAAUUAUCCUGGUACUAGAUCACUGAAAUUAGUAACUGAUUUUGUUGAGCAAAACAUGACAUCCAAUGGUUCAUUGAUUUUGGAAGAGACGGAGAAACAUUUUUUGCCAUUCAUCAAUGCUGUAGAAUUUAAAGAUGCUACUUGGGUACGUUAUAUGUGGUGGGUAUAUUUAAUUGGCCUAAUAUGGUCAUCUGAAUUUAUAUUAGCAUGUCAACAUAUGAUUAUUUCUGGAGCAGUAGCAAAAUGGUAUUUCACCAAUGGAAAACAUAAAAAAUCGGUUGUCCUUUCUUCAAUUUAUAAUCUGGCAUUCUAUCAUUUGGGUUCUAUAGCUCUUGGAUCUCUGUUAAUUAUUUUAUUUAAAAUUCCCAGGCUUAUAUUGACGACAUGCCAUUCUAAGAGUAGUUCAACAAAAACAGAUAACCAUUGUAUAAAAAAGACAUGCACUUGUUGUACAUAUUCCUUUGACAAUUUUUUCAAGUAUAUCAAUCAUAAUGCAUAUACCAUAGUAUCAAUGGAAGGCAUAGGAUUUUGUUUAUCUGCUUCAAGGGCUUGGAAUGUUAUUGUUGGUAACGCUUUGAGAUUGAGUUCCAUAAACAGUAUUGGUGACUUCAUAUUAUUCCUAGCCAAGUGUUUGGUCACUCUGAUUAUUGGUUCUUUGGCAUUGUUCACUUUACGAUCAAAUUCAGAAUUACAUUUUCAUGCUAUACCGAUCAUCAUUAUAUGUUUAUUUACGUUUUUUGUUGCUCACUGUGUCAUUUCAUUACAUGAGGUUGUAAUCGAUACAUUAUUUUUGUGUGUAUGUGAAGAUAAAAAUAUUAAUGGAGAAAUGUGGCACAAGAGUCCAAUAAUAAAACUAUCUAAGUCUAAAAAGCCCAUUGUUAAAAAUUCUACUAAGACACAAAUCAUAAAAACUAACACAUGAGGUUGUUUAUAGUAUUUAUAGCUAAUAAUUGUUUUAAAAAUACUUAUUUUAUGU